UAAUCGUUGUUUUUGCACGUUUUUUCCAAGGGAGUGUAACGCGAUAUUAUCUCAAACGUCAAAUCCGUUUGACAGCUGUCACGUCGACGAGUAGAUUUUGAGCCGAAACGCUCCUCAGCACCGAGGAUUCGUGAGAGACCAUCGAAUUUCUCGAUCUCAUCAAUUCGUUUCGGUCUCCUCGGCAAAGAAAAGAUCUUGUGCCCAGAACUUACUCGACUUCCUGUUCGAAGUAACUUUGUUCGAAAGCGUCGGAAUCGGUGCUGGGGCGCGAUGCACGAUCUCGAGUUAUGCCGAUGACGGGAGAGGCGUGUUCGAUCCUCUUUCCGGCUCGAUGACUCUUCGAACGGGACUCUCACAGUCGUUUUUCCAGUGCGGUAUAACGGUUCUAAAAACCGGACCGAGCAUCGGGGUCUCUCAACUCUCGUUCUUCAUCUUCCUUCCCAGCAUUCUCGUGAAGAUGUUCGCCAAGCUGUGCGUCGCCUCGGUGCUCCUCUUCGCCUGCUGCUACGGCGCCGCGUCCGGCGUCGCCGUCUCCCAGGAGCCCAUUGCCCAGGACGAGGACAUCGCCAGGCACUACAAUUCUCGCUACUCCAUAUUCGAUGAGCCUUACAGCAUCGAUUUCAAGUACCACAACUACGAGCAGAUGAGCCGCUUCCUCAGGGCGACUUCGCUCCGCUUCCAGAAUCUCACUGCCCUCUAUUCCAUAGGAAAAUCGGUCAAAGGACGAGACUUGUGGGUGAUGGUCGUAUCGUCUUCGCCUUACGAGCAUAUGAUCGGCAAGCCUGAUGUCAAGUACAUCGCGAACAUACACGGAAACGAAGCGGUCGGCCGGGAGCUCAUGCUCCAUCUCAUUCAUCUGUUGGUGACGAAGUAUGGCGUCGAUCCCUACAUAACUUGGCUCCUGGACAACACUCGGAUUCACAUAUUGCCCUCGAUGAAUCCGGACGGGUUCGAGGUCUCGAAAGAAGGCUCGUGCGAGGGCGGACAAGGUCGCUACAACGCCCGGGGCUUCGAUCUCAAUCGCAAUUUCCCGGACUACUUCAAGCAGAACAACAAAAAGAGUCAACCGGAAACGGAAGCUGUCAAAGAAUGGGUAUCAAAAAUUCAGUUCGUACUUUCAGCAAGUCUCCACGGCGGAGCACUCGUCGCGAGCUAUCCCUUCGACAACACACCGAACUCGCGAAUAUGUCGUUCGGCACCAUUGUGCGCAGUGUUUCAGAGCUACUCGUCGACGCCGAGCAUAUCACCGGAUGACGACGUUUUCCGUCAUCUGUCUCUGAUGUAUUCACGCAACCAUGGAACGAUGCACCGUGGGGCAGCCUGUUCGCCCUCCCAGCCCGGCUUUAAAGACGGCAUAACCAAUGGCGCAGAGUGGUAUCCGCUUACCGGUGGUAUGCAAGAUUUCAAUUACGUUUGGAACGGCUGUAUGGAAAUGACUCUGGAACUUUCGUGCUGCAAAUAUCCGCCGGCGGAGGAUUUGCCGCGGUACUGGGACGAGAAUCGCGUUGCGUUGAUCAAGUUUCUCGCUGAGGCACAUCGCGGCAUUCACGGUUUCGUUAUCGACGAGAACGGCAAUCCCGUUGAACGGGCAUCCGUUAAAAUAAAGACACGAGACAUAAGUUUCCUGACGACGAAAUACGGUGAAUUCUGGAGGAUUCUGUUGCCUGGUAUCUACAAACUCGAGGUUUACGCCAAUGGAUACAGCCCCCGAGAGGUGGAGUUCAUGGUCAUCGAUCAGCAUCCAACUUUGCUGAACGUCACGCUCCACGCCACCAAGAGGCAAGACGACAACCUCGGGGAUGAAGCUUCAGGAUCACCAUCGGGCGCCCCCUAUGCUGGCAACACUGGCGGAGUUCGACCUUAUCCUCACCGAGAUUACACGCAUCACUUUCGUCCCAGUUCGGGCGCCAACACUGCCUCGGACUCGAACAACGGUAUAUUCUCAUCAAUAAGCAACGGCUUCAGUUCGUUGGUCAAUAACCUGUUUGGCUGAUCGUUUGUUUACUUCCCGAGGCUCCUUUCCACUACUCGUCAAUUCGCGAUAAUAUUUAUUGUAUUAUUAUGCGGACAGUAUUUUCGUUCUCGAAGAGUCGUUAACGCUACACGCGCAAAUUUAUUCAUUCAUUCAAAAAACUAGUGUUUUUUCGUCGCCGGAUAUUUAAACGUAAGAGAAGCACAGAGAGUCAAUUUUAUGUGAUCUGCGACCGCAGAAUUUCUUUUCUUAUUUAAUUCUUCAUCAUAAUAUAUUAUAUUAUAGUUAUUUAGAAUACAGCACAACUCCUUCGCUCUUCGUUUUUGUACUCUCAAACUUUGUACUUUGAACUCUCCUCGUGUCACUCUACUUGCGGCACUUCUUUUCCUAAAUAUCUUCAUAUCUCGUGAAAUUUUUGCCAAAGCAUUGCUGCUCUCAAAUAUUUUCUUCCCAAAUUGUACAAAAAUAUCUCCAAGCCCAGACAUUGAAGUAGAAAAGUCAUAUCAUCGGAGAAACAAAAUGACUCUCCGUCAAGUGUCAAAGCGGAGCCGUUAGGUUGGACAGCUACUACUGAAUACAAAAGUAGAAAUAUUUGGAAGUCGUGAUGAGCCAGAAUAUUCUAAAAAAUUUGGAGUAGAAUUACUGAGGGUACGGCGAGUAGAAGUCAAAGUUUAGAGGUAUGCAAGGUUAGAAAAGAAGGAUUAUUUGAGAGUACAGAAACGGAGAGUAGACUGGCUGUAUUCUUAAUCCCCAUGACGUUUCGUUGUAGCACAUAGCGAGCAUAUAAUUGUCAAUUAUUAUUGAGUGAAAUCUGCACUUUGAACUUUGAAGUAGAGUACCGAAGAUAGAGUCUCGAGUACUUUUUCCUGAGUUGGACAGUAACGCUACAGUUGCGAUCCCAUUUGGAUUAUGAAAUGCCCUUAUGAAGUGUAGAAAAUUUGGAGAGUUCGGUGAAUACGAGCAGGCCUGUCCUCUGUCGUCUGCAGAAUUUUAGAUCUGUAAUAAAAGAGAGUUAAUAAUGUUUUCAACGAUAAAAUAAAGUAAUGAAAAAAGAGAUAUUUAAAAAAAACACAUUGGAUCCUGCAGAAUAUAAAUAUUUUUAGAUUGUACUAUAAACAUCGUCCUCGGCUUUUGUCUCUGCUCUCCGCUCUUCUUGGAAUUCGCAAAUACUGCAUACGCACGUAUAUCCACGGCACAGUAACGAGUACGAAUGUGCCAUCCUGUAAAUAUAUCGUGCGAGUCGGAGAGACGAUGAUUUUUCGAUCGCCUUAAAAAAAUGCCUGCCGCACUUAAAAUACUGCAAGUUGAUGUAUAAUAAAAUGAUGUAGAAUCGUUCACCGAGGGUGUUUAGUUCAGAGCGGAAUUAUAAUGCGAUGUAUAAAAGUGCGAUUAAUCACUCGAAAUAAUCGUGUUUAAAUAUCUAUACUUAAACAAAUGACAAAAAAUCCUAUAUUUUGAAACUAGAUCAGAUAAAAUUUUCAACCAAAUCCACUUUGAUGACGACUAAGAUGAAUAUUUAUGAAAUAAACGAAAGAAAUAAGUGAGCGAUAUCCAAGACUAUUUUUAUAAAACGUCGAGACAUACUUGUGAGCGUCACUGUUACUACUUAUUUUCAUUCCUACUUUCUUCUGUCUAUUUUAUUAUUUUAAGUUAUAAUCUGUACCGCAUUCAUUGUAGUACGCCCGUUGUAUUUAUUGCUUCGAUUUAUGAUACGAUAAAAAAACAAUCAUUCAAAUCAAGAGACUCGGUAGAGUCUCGGGAGAGACUAUAAUUAUUGUGCCGAAAGAAAAAUGCCUGUUUUGAAACGGGAGCAAACAGAUUGUUGUCAUUUCUCAGUAGGCCUGAAACCGAAUAGAAACUCGUUUCUGACAACAUCGAGAUCUCGAUGUUGUCAGAUAUUGUCAAUUUAUUUUAAAACGUAAACGAUACGAAAAGCUCGGUUUGUGUGGUAUUGGAGAAAGCAUCAAGUCCAGAUUUCAUUCUUAUUAUUAUUCAAUACUGUUUCACGUAAUUGCAAUGCUACUUAUAUCUCGUAUUACAUAUCAUUUGAAAAUGAAUGUACUUAAUAUGUAACCAUAAAUAAUAAGAAACAAGAAACGCA